GUGUGUGUGUGUGUGUGUGUGUGUGUGUGUGUGUGGCACCAUGCUGUGGACAGUGGUACUAGCGCUGCUGGUGAUUCUGCUGCUGCAGACUCAGCUGUCUGUGUGCUUAAGGGAAUUACGCGGCGGGGGUUCCAGCUCCUCCUCUCCUCUUCCCUCUUCUUCUUCACCCUCCUCCUCCUCUCACAAUGCCACCCAGUUGCGGCUGCCCGGAGCGAUUAUUAUUGGCGUGCGGAAAGGCGGCACCAGAGCGCUGCUGGAGAUGCUCAACCUGCACCCAGACGUGGAAGUGGCGAAGGCCGAGGUGCACUACUUCAACGUGGAGAAGCACUACCGGCGGGGCCUGGCGUGGUACCGAGCCCAGAUGCCCCUCAGCCUCCCCGGGCAGCUGACGGUGGAGAAGACCCCCGGCUACUUCGCGUCCCCUCAAGUUCCCGAGCGCGUCCGCCGCAUGAACCCGGCGGUCCGCCUGCUGCUCAUCGUGCGCGACCCGGCGGAGCGGCUGGUGUCCGACUACACCCAGGUGCUCCACAACCGCCUGGCCCGCCACAAGCCCUACCAGCCGCUGGAGGAGCUCCUGAUCCGUGAGGGCCGCGUGGACCCCGCCUACAAGGCGCUGCAGCGGAGCCUGUACCACCAGCAUCUGGCCCGCUGGUUGCAGGUGUUCCCCCGGGAGCAGGUCCACGUGGUGGACGGCGACGCCCUCAUCCGGGAUCCCUUCCCCGAGCUGAGGAAGGCGGAGAGGUUUCUGGACCUGCCACGCCGGAUUAGCCCCGACAACUUCUACUUCAACUCCACCAAGGGCUUCUACUGCCUCCUGUCGGCCGGCCGCGACAAGUGCCUAGACGAGUCCAAGGGCCGGCCGCACGCGCCGCUCGGCGCCCGGGCCUUCCAGAAGCUGUGCCGCUACCUCAGGAAGCCCAACCAAGUGUUCUUCGGCAUGGUGGGGAGGUCGUUUUCCUGGUGCUGACCUGGUGGCGCGAAGACACGCCCCCAAAUGAUGCCAACAAGGACACAGCGGGGGGGGGGGGGCGGAGGUCGACGAAGGGACAGAUUUGUUUGUCAUGAACAUCUUUUGUUGUUGUUGUUGAUACCGACUCAGGUUCAGGGUUCACACACAUGGUGACCGGUAGGGUACCAGGACUUUUCCAUUUCAAGAUUUUCCAGGAUUGUAAACCAAAUUUCCAAGAACAAACAUUUUGUGAAAUCUUAAAAAAUUGAGAAAAUGUUGUAUUUAAACUAACAAUGAGAACUUUUAUAUUUUCAGUUUCGGUGCGUUCACUCGUGUGCCGGUGUAUAUUUUGAGCAUCUCUCCAUAAAAGAUAUUUUGAUUAUUUAAAACUCAGCGUAAUUUUUGUAAAGGUCUUUUCCAGGCCUGGAAAUUAACAUCUUUAAAAAUUCCAUGACUUUUCCAGGUUUUCCAUGACCGUACGAACCCUGCAGGUUGUAAAUGUGACCAACUAAAGCUGCACGUGUGCGUGUGUGUGUGUGUGUGCGUGUGUGUGUCAAACCUUUAUACCAUGAACCACCCCGUGCCUCGGGUGAAAGUCUGAAGUUCGAGACUCUGAAGUGAAAAAUGAUUUAAUUAAUUAAUUUGUAUGAACUCUUAAUUUCAUUAAAUGUGGACAAAAAAAAUUCAACAAACACAAAACAACGCCCCUAUUUGAUAUGUUUGUGUAGAUAUGUUUUAGUUUAGAGUCUUUUCUGUUAAAUUCUUUUGUUUUGACUUCUUCUGGUUUUUGUUUUUGGGGAUUUCUUUUUACUUUCAAGGCCAAUGUAGUACUGCUGAUUUUUAUAAAGAUGUCUUUCUAAUAAAAUGUAUUCAGUC